GUUCUAAGUUAAAUAUGACCCACUUUUCGUCGGCUUUAUAUAUGGAAAAGCAGUCUAUAGAAAAUAUAUAUCAUUGAACGUAAGAGUAAGUGUUCUGUGGUAACGUGUCAGUUUUGGGACAUGGAACACGCUGUUUCCCAAAUGUCACGUGAAAAGGUUAAAGUUAUAAAAGUAUGAAAUAUUAAUAUUUACGUUUUGAAAUUUAAUAAAUAGAUAAAGAUAUCAGUGAUAAAACUAAAUGAUAAAUAAUCUAAGUGUAUUGCAUUGAAAUAAUUAGCUUACGUUAGUGGUACAAAGUUGUUUCGUUAUGAGUUAUGAGUGGUACAGUGAACGUAAAAAUUUUAUUUUUUGCAAAAGCAAGAGAAAUUUUUGGUAAAAGUGUUGAUUAUUUAGAAGUAGAAACACCUAUUACGCAUAAAAAUCUUUUAGAAAUAAUUGUUAACCAUUAUUCUUUAAAUCAAUUACGAAAUCAAAUUAUUCUAUCAAUUAACCAAGAUUUUUUGGAACCAGGAGAUCAAAUUCUAACUUUGAAACCAGGCGAUGAACUAGCAGUUAUACCUCCUCUAAGCGGUGGAUAAACAAAAUGAAUCAUUUAAAACUAACUCAUGAAAAAUUGUGUGUUGAAGUUAUCACUAAUUCGGUAAGCUCAGAUUCUUGUGGUGCUAUUUCCCUAUUCAUUGGAACGACAAGAGACAAUUUUGAAGGAAAACAAGUAGAUAGAUUAGAGUAUGAAGCAUACGAAUCAAUGGGAAUUAAAUCUAUGGAGAAAAUUUGUAUAGAAAUUAGAGAACAAUGGCCCAGUGUAGUAAAUAUUGCUAUAUUUCAUAGGUAAGUA